UCUUGUGGUGUAAAUGUUUUCUCUCUGCAGUUGCUUUCAGGCCGAUGUGUGUUUAAUUAUGAGCAAGCGAGGGAGGAGGAGAAGCAGCAGGAGAAAAAGCUCCAGCAGCAACAAACAAAGUGAGUCGCCGUUCAUCUUUCUAAAACAAAAUGAGAGUCACAGCAUCAGUGAUAAAGAUGAUAUCACUGAAAAAGGCGAAACAGACUCUCUGCGAAAAGAAAAUGUUUCUUUGGGAUCAGAAGAUGAUGAAGUUUAUGAUAAGACAUGUCAGAAAGAGAGAAGAUUCAAACCGGAAUCACCGCCAAACCAAAGGAGUCACUGUAGUGAGACAUCAGACGACAGAGGAGUGACGGUUGUUACAUCAGUGUCUAUCAAUGACAUUGCAACGUCUGCACCAAAAAUCACCUUUCAGCAGUCGCACAAACCGCAGUCUCAAGAUCCAAGCGGCACACCGAUGCCGCUUGCCAGCGAGGUGAUAAUCAAAUGUAUCGGAUCACACAUCAGACUCGAAAUCCAAGAAAAUCUUCAGGUCAGUGCUCCUGGCAUCAAGACCACAUUUGUUUUCAUGAAUGAGAAAGGAGUUUGUGUUGAGACUUCUUUAAAGAGUCAGUGGGAAAGGAUGUGGACGCCAAACAACGAGCCACCCGAGCCAACGAUGCAAAGUUUAAAUGGGAUCCGUCAAAAUGGAACCAAAGACACGGCGACCUACAAUCUUACAUUGGAUGCACACGAACAAAACAAUGAUUCCAUUGGAGAAAAAACAUGGAACAACUCACAGUUUGCUUUGACAUGCCAACCUUUAAUCCCAAAACCACAGAGGAAGAGGGACACCUUCCAGAAGAGCUUCAGUACUGAUCACGUCCAGCAGACCUUCCCUCCUCACAACUUUACAGCUAUUAAAUAUAAUUCUUUAGAUGGGCUGAUGCACCAGUUAUCUUCUUGGAGGAUUGCUGCGAAUGAGAAACAGCGAGCGUUUUACCCAACGCCAAACAUGGUGCUCGAUGAAGAGUUUGGACAUCAAACAUCUGCACACAACAACAAACAGGCAGACGUGACACUUUGCUUUGAUUAUUUGUCAGGAUCAGACCACUUUGAGUCCUUGUUCUCAAGAUCCUCCUCGUCUGUUAACAGGUUCAGCUUUGACUUCAUCGACACCCAGACCAGAAGAUCCUGGAUCAGGAACCACAGCAUCGGUGCCGUGGAAAUAAAAAACAGUUUGUCACCACAGAAAAGACGGCAGACAUUUCCAGGACUGUCGGAGGAUCUGCUGGUAUACAGUCCAUCUUUUUCCUCCACUGUCUCCUCUUUCAUGUGCUCACUUCCUGUCCAAGCCGACGGACUGGUGGGGAUUUACCAUGGUGAUGACAAGUUCCCUGCAUUUGGAAUAGAAGGCUGUCCGUCACACGCCAAGUGGAAUUAUAAUCGACACUCAAACACCAGUGACUGUGGGGACAUUCCUUGCAACUUUUUCACCAUCUGCGAACAAUGUAGAAGGCAAAGCAAGACACAAACCUCUGAAGAUCUCAGACAGCAGGACUUAGAAUGUGUCCGUAAGAAUGCUGAUGAUUGCAGAGAAGACGUGGAUCAGAGCGAAGCAGCAGACGCUGGAUCGGAACGAGAAACAGGUGAAGCAGAACCGGACAAACACAGACCUCUUACAGAUGAAGUUUUUGGAGACUCAGAGAACCAAAUGUCAGAACAUUAUCCAGUCGUGUCAGUCACGGAUGGACUGGUGCAGAACACAAGUAUCAAACCUGAAAGUUGUGAUGGUUUUGAUAAAUUUCAGCCCACAAAGACUAAAUCCUCAGUCCUGACAUUAACUGCUGCCGCAUCUGAGCAAAGAUUCUUGCAGAAGGAAGCGGACAAGUGGUCGGAAAAUGACACCAGAAAUGAUCUCAGUGCUACUUUGGAAGAACCGUGCAUGCCCCCCCUGCUGGACAUGCACAGUAUCCAUUCACUAAACCCACAUGAGGCCGGAGAGGACAUCAGCUCAGAAACAAAAGCAGAAUUUACUGGAAAUGUGGGCAGCAGCUCCCCCUCUCAGAGGAAUGAGGAGGCAAAAGAUCUGCAUUUGGAAAAAGAGGAAUUUGAAAAACCUGGAUCAGACGUUAGCAAACACUCCACCGACCACAACUCAAACAACAACAAGAAAGAGUCACUGCCAAAAAUGGACAAGAAUGAUAAACAGUUUGCACGCAAAUAUUCAUCAGAGAUGAAAGAGCGUCUGAAGCCUUUGAUUCCUAAAAAUCCGGAGGGCAGCGGCCCUGAACACUGGGCCAAGAGGAGAAAACUCUUCAAGGACAGCAAGCAGUGGGGCUCUGCUGGAGGAAGCUCAGUAACCAGCGAUAUUACCGAGGAAUCAGGUAAAUCAGUAUCAGAGGAAAAUCGCUCUAUGGAAAUGACUGUUGGAGACACAGAAGACAGAGGCUUUUACACAGAGACCUUCCACUCGGUGUCGUGGAUUUAUCAAGGAGAUGACAGCAGCUCAAGUACACUUCCUCCCAGCCUCAGCACCAAACCUCGAGCUGCAUCAGUUCGUGAGAGAACUGUUCGGAUCAGUAAAGGGGCUGGAGAAUAUCCUUGGGGCUUCCGGAUCCAGUUUUCCAAACCCAUUGUGGUCACAGAAGUUGACACAAAUGGGGCGGCUGAGGAAGCAGGACUGAUGGUAGGAGACUACGUUCUGGCUGUUAAUGGAACAGACGUCACCACUGUUCCACAUUGUGAGGCUGCUCAACUGGCACGACAGGGUCCUGAUGUUCUGACAUUGACCAUCGGCUCAGAUAUUGCUCGCUGUCCAAACACCCCCAGACCAGCAUGUCGAGGUUAUCUUCACAAGCGCACCCAGUCUGGUCUGAUUAAAGGCUGGAGGAAGAGGUGGUUUGUUCUCACACAUGACUGCUGCCUUUACUACUAUCGACACAAAGGGGUGAGCAGAACAAAGACAAAAUAG